AUGGCGGCUUUGACAAGCGCGUUGAUAGCAAUAGCAGGAGUGAUAUUGGGAUGGAUAGCUAUAGAGAUGGCUUGUAAACCUUGCCUGGAGAAAGGUCGUGAAGCCAUCGACAGAUCUCUCAAUCCCGAUUACGAUCCCGACGAUGAAGACGUCGACACAUCCUCCUCCGAUGUUCGUGCUCCUCUCAUCACCAAUCCACCUCCCGAUCUCUCCGAUCCUUCCGCCGCUGAUCCCUCCACCGCCAUCAAGUCAGUCUGA